UCCGGAUGGGCGCCCCCCCAACCAGGCAACGCCUCAUCCCAUGCCGUCUGGCAGUCCCGCAGGAAUUGCACUGCGCGUUGGUGGAGUGGAGUGGAGGUGGGGGGGUGGAUGGGGAGGGGAGGAGAAGGAGAGAUGGGGGAGUGGAUGGGGAGGGGAGGAGGAGAGGGGUGGGAGUGGAUGGGGAGGAGAGGAGAAGGGGAGGUGGGGGAGUGGAUGGGGAGGAGAGGAGAAGGGAAGGUGGGGGAGUGGAUGGGGAGGGAAGGAGAAGGGGAGGUGGGGGAGUGGAUGGGUGGGGAGGGAGGAGAAGGAUAGGUGGGGGAGUGGAUGGCAAGGUGAGGAGAAGGGGAGGUGGGGGAGUGGAUGGGGAGAGGAGGAGAAGGAGAGGUGGGGGAGUGGAUGGGGAGGGGAGGAGAAGGAGAGGUGGGUAUCAUUCAGAGGGUGGGGAGGUAGGAGGAGAGGAGUAG